GCUAACGAUAAACAGUGGUUAGAAGCUUAAGGCGUCAGUUGUGUUUGCAUUACUAUCGUGAGCAGAGGGCUGUCGUAAGAUUUAACGGAAGUUAAACGUACGAAACGUAUCUGAAUCGUUGACCUCAUUAUCCCGGAGAUGGAGAAACAAUUCCACACUAACAGCCAGCCUACGAAGCAGUGUGUGUCUACCUCUGGUGGUGGAGCAUUACGACGACGCUCUCUAGAGGAAGACCUGAUCGAUGUGAGGGUGCGGGAAGGCAGUGUCGUCACCCGUCAGGGUAACGGCCGCAUAGUCACAAUGGUGCAGAACGGCUCCGUGGCAGUGGGUGUGCGCAAUGGCAGAAGCCAGUUCUCCAGCACUGUGGUGCAGUCCGGCGGCGUCGUACUGCAAAGCACGGCAGUCACCAGUAGUGUGCAAUUCAACAAUAAUGUGCAGGUCAACAAUUGUGUGAUGAACAGAAGCGUGCAGAUGAAUGUGCAAGAUGGCGAUGACACAGAUGAUGACUUGGAUGACUUGGUGUGGCCGGGUGGCAGCAGUACCGUUGUGAAUGUUGGCAGCAGUACCGUCGUGAAUGUUGGCAGCAGUGGUAGCGUUGUGAGCGUUGAGGGCUGCAGUGUGAAUGUUGGCGGCAGAGGAAUCAAUUUAAGUGUUAACGGCUGCAGUGUGAAUGUUGGCAGCAACGGUAUUACUGUGAGCGUUAGCGGCGGCAAUACCACUGUCAAUAUUGGCGGCUACUAAACCUACAGGGAGAACACAAAGUAUCAAGCUUAACUAUUAGCCGGACACCAGCGUUUCUCGCCAGUAGUCAACAACCAGCUCGCAUCUUUCGCAGCCCGUGAUCAUCUCCUUAUAUUCACUUUUAUUUAGCGGUAACAACCGCUCUUUCUUUCCACUGCUCUGACCAUGGUGGCACAGUUCUCAGACAUUGAACGUGCAUUCGGGAGGACACUGCUUCAAAUUCCCAUCUGCCCACCAUAAUUUUACUUUUGGGGUGUCCAAAAAUAUUACGUUUGUUACCUGGCUCAGUCAUGUUGUAUGUUUAAAGCAGAAGAUGGCUACUGAAGCAUAUCAUGUGAAACGAGUUGCAUACUUUCAAUAGGACACCACAGCAAGAACUUCGUCACGGUGGCUACUGUAAAUAAUUUUGUGAUACCUGAAGAUGAUCAGAAGAUAGCAAAUAAAGAAUUCUUUAACAAAAGCUCUUGACAGUCUUGAAAUAUGACUUUUUUUCAUCAAAAUUUACGUUUCCGUAAGUUCCCCAAAUCGUUUAAUGAGAAUUCCAAAGGAUGAUUUCUGUGAAAGGGCGCGGUACGGCUGAUUCCCUUUCUCACCCUUCUCCAUUCCGUGCUUCUGCGUCGUCUCUAAUAAUAUCAUUCCUGUAUGGGACGUUCAGUGCUAAUCUUCCUUCCUUCUUUGUUCACAUUGCAUCGAACAGCUUUCAAAAUUAUUGACUUCUACAAUAACAUCAAAUCUAAGCGUCACUAUAAACUCAUUAAAUAAUGAAGCAACAAAUAGCUUAUGAAUGAACUGAAAUAAUAUCUGAAGUAUACCAGUAAUGAAGCAGACGUGCCAUGACCCGCUCAAAGACAUACGAUAAGAAGCAGCUGAAGAAAUGCUGAUUAAGAACAGAUUCCGUUACUAUACAAGUGGUCUCGCACGUACGGACACGUUCAUUUGAAUUAGUAGUGGCAUAGCCAGCUACGUACCUUGCUAUUGGAUAGUACUAGUCAACAUUCAGGUUGUUACUACAAAACUAUAUUGAAAACACCCUAGUUCUUAUAUUUAAAAUAAACUCAAAGGUAUACUAAAAUGGCCAAUUGUAUCCUUUGAUGAAGACAAGCUCUUUGUAACGGCUACUAGCGAAGUUUUAGCGACUGGAACUUGCGUCAUUUUCCUAGGCAACAAUCGGUCAAUAUUGAGAUGUGUAUUCUAGAUUCCACAGGAAGUGCAGACAAAAGCGCACACAGUUUUAAUAUUAAAAUUAAAUAAACCUAUAGAUUUUCCUCUGUUAAAGUGAAAAAUUCCGCGUUGCAUCGUGGUUCAAAGUGCAUAGUCAAUCUUUACGUCCCCCCUACAACUAACUGCUUUAGGUAGUUCAACGAUUACAAGAGUGCAAUUACAUAUCAUUUCCAAUAGCACCACGCCUUGUAAAGCGCUAUGAUGCUCAAAUCAACUGCUCUUUUUUUCCUUGUAUAAAGUAGGAUGGAAGACCAUCACUUCUUGCUUCAUUACUGAUAUACCGCCAAUUCUGUUUCUUCUUCAUGUAUUUUUUUCCAGCACGAGUAGUGGUAGUGUUACCAAAAACUGAGAUUCCAAUUGAUAAACGAGAGUUAAUGUAUUUGGUAAAUGAGAAUCGCUGAUGCUUUGGCCAUUCGACGAUAAAUAUAAAUAAAUUCUUCCCCGCUUUAUUCUUUCUGCUAAGUUCACUGGGCACUAGCAUUUAUCAUAAAUGCAAGAUUAAUUAACCAUUUUUAUCAUGUAUCCGUGCCGAGCUAUAGACUCUGUAAAUGUAUCUGUUUAUGGUUAUUUUCUUUAUGUUUGAUUUCUUGUUUUCGUUCAUUUUUUGUUACCUGGCUCAGUCAUGUCGUAUGCUUAAAGCAGGAGGUAGCUAUUGAAGCAUGUCAUGUGUAACGAAAAUAAAGAAAAGGUGCAAUCAUGA